AUGGCCGAAGGGUUCCUCCUGCAGCCUUCUAAUAAUGUGGAAAACGACUGUACGUUCGAGGACAUUGGAGAUGAAUACUUCGAAAUCCUAAUUUGGAGUUCAUUUUUCGAUGGGGUGAAAAAGAACGAGUUAGAUGACAUAACGACAUUCAAGAUGCAUGAUCUUGUCCAUGAUCUUGCCCAGGCUGUUGUCGGUUAUCAUGAAUGCUCGAUUGUCAAGGUUUCUGGUCAGCUGGAAAAAAGUUCUGAAGUUCGCCGCUUAAACAUAAUAAUGGAUAAAGAUUUGCCAGCAAGCAAAAGCAUGAGAAGGAUAAAGAAGUUGAGAACUAUUAUCGUUCUUGAACCAAAUCACAGUUUGGACCGCCGUAGGUUCACAAAUAUUCAAGAAUUACCUGGUUUUGUUACUAGCCUCCACAAUUUGCAAAGAUUAGAUCUCAAUCAUCGCAGAUACUUUACUACCUUUCCCGACUCUGUAACUGGGUUGGAAUGUCUAAGAUUUCUUGAUAUGUCUUUUACACCUAUUGAAAAAGUACCUGAUGUUGUCACUAGCCUUCGCAAUUUGCGUACAUUAGAUGUUAAUACGUGUAAGAAAUUAAAAAUUUUACCCGAGUAUGUGGCAGGUCUUAAGAAUCUGAGCUUGUUUAAUUUCAGUAACUGCCCACUACUAGAUUCAUUACCCAAAGAUUUUGCAGAAUUGUAUCAGUUGAGAUCCGUUGACCUAUCUGGUACUGCGAUCAAAGUACUAUCCGAGUCUUGUGCUAAUCUCUACAAUCUUGAGUAUGUGAAUUUUGGGGGGUGUGCGCUUCUUAAAGAGUCGUCGACAAGCCUGAAAUGUAAUGAUGGUAUUGAAGAGUUAGCAAAUCUUAACUUUCUUGAGGUGCUAGCUAUAUCGGAUCUUCAGAACGUGAAAGACCCAGUAGAUGCUGAGGGAGCAAAUUUGGAAGGAAAACAGAAUCUUCAUAGCUUGGUACUAGGUUGGGUAGAGUCGGGAUCGGGUACAAUGAGGUGGGAUCAAAAAUCGUGCAAUUUUCAAGUAUUUGAAGCUCUUCAACCUCCCACUGAUUUGAGAAAGUUGUAUAUAGGAAACUUCAAGGGAUGGGAACUCCCCACUUGGAUGUGUCCUUCAUCUGGUACUCUUCUGAAUUUAGAAGAGUUGUUACUUCGAAACUGCUGCCAAGGAAUUGAACAUCUUCCGGCAGCUAUACGGCAGCUUCCACGUCUCAGGUCUCUCGAUCUUGGAAAAAUGUCUUUGAUGAGUUUAGAUAUUGGCGGAUUUCCUACCUUAAUUCAACUCAAUCUUGCGGAUAUGUUGUUCUUACAAGAGUUGUGUUUUUCAUCUCCUUUAUCAUGUCUUCGGGAUCUAAUGAUUAGUGACUGCAAAAGAUUAAUAGAAAUCCCUUCGUUGCCUUCUCUGACGUUCUUGGCAUUAGAGAAUGUCGACCACAAGUUAGUAUUCUCAGUUGGGAGAAGCCAGACAUCUCUCACACACAUAGUUUUGAAGAAUAUUGAGGAGCUUAAAUACUUCCCGAUAAGCAUACUUGAAAACAUUUGCGAUCUUCGGAUUCUGGUUAUUAGAAAUUGCAAUCAGUUAGAAGGGUUUGGUGUAAACGGUGAUGAGAACGAGAACGAGAACGUGGUUGCUCUGUAUGGCCCUGAACUCUACGGUGGCUCUCUUCACAAAUUGGAAUUCUCCUACUGCCCAGUUCUUAAGUUUCUUCCAGAUUUACGAGGAUGGACUUCUCUUAGGGAAUUAAACAUCUUGAAUUGCCCACAAGUGAAAGAGUCUUUAACGUAUGAUCUUAAAUCCCUCUCAUUUCUUCAGUACCUGCUUGUUGAUUUUAUUCAAAGAGCUGAACAGCGAGGAGAUCCAUCUAGUUUAGACGACUGCAUUAAUUUGAUGCAUAUGUAG